AUGAGAUUCUUAUCUACAAAUAGAACACUGGAUUGGUUUGACUCUGAAACUUCUAAGUUGCAUAAGACAAAUAGUGAUGGGAUUAGAGAUGAGGAAGAGCUAGAGACACCUCCUUACCAAGGAGCUAAUCAGGCUGAGGUUCAGUUAUGCUACCUGGAAGCACAAAGGGAUGCUGUAGAACAGAUGUCCUUAAAGCUAUACAGUGAACAGUAUGCCAGCAGUAGCAAGCGCACAGAGGAGUUUGCUGAUAUGUCAAAAGUUCACACAGCAGGAAGUAAUGGACUUUUGGACUUUGAUUCAGAAUAUCAGGAGCUCUGGGAUUGGCUGAUUGACAUGGAAUCUAUAGUGAUGGACAGCCAUGACCUGAUGAUGUCAGAGGAGCAGCAGCAGCAUCUUUACAAGCGAUACAGUGUAGAAAUGUCAAUCAGGCACCCGAAAAAGAUGGCGCUGCUUAGGAAGGUUGAAGAUUUGAAGAAAGGUGGUGCUUUACUACAAAACGAUCUCCUUGAAAAAGUGGAUUCAAUUAAUGAAAAAUGGGAGCUGCUUGGGAAAACCCUAGGAGAGAAGAUCCAGGACACAAUGGUAGGGCACAGUGGGUUAGGUCCACGUGACCUUCUCUCUCCUGAAAGCGGCAGCCUGGUAAGGCAGCUGGAGGUCAGGAUCAAAGAGCUGAAGGGAUGGCUGAGAGAUACAGAGCUUUUCAUCUUCAAUUCCUGCCUGAGACAAGAAAAAGAAGGAACAAUGAAUGCUGAGAAACAACUGCAAUACUUUAAGUCUCUGUGUAGUGAAAUCAAGCAACACCGGCGUGGGGUGGCCUCGGUCCUCCGCUUAUGCCAGCACCUGUUGGAUGACCAGGAGACCUGCAAUCUGAACGCUGAUCACCAGCCAAUGCAACUGAUCAUUGUGAACCUCGAAAGAAGGUGGGAGGCCAUCGUCAUGCAAGCUGUACAGUGGCAAGCAAGGCUACAAAAGAAAUUGGGCAACGAGCAGGAGAAUGAGGUGCCUUCAGAAGUGAGAGGCUCCUCCUCCUUGGAUGUAUUCACCUGCCAGGAGGUUUUGAAUGUGAUUGACCAUGGCCUGAUGGAUCUAAAUGGGACAAGUGAAGAUGCCCUAGAAUGGGAUGAAACUGACAUAAGUAAUAAAUUAAUCAGUUUAAAUGAAGAAUCCAGCGAUCUUGAUCUAGAACACACACAUGCACACACCAUGCCAAACUUGAAAUCUGAGCUGGAGGAUGCAGGCAGUGAGGACCGAAGUUAUGAGGAAAGUGCUAGUGACCAAGGAGGAUCUCACUAUGGCUCUAGCAUCACUGCCCCCUCUAGCCCACAUAUCUACCAAGUUUAUAGCCUCCACAAUGUUGAACUUUAUGAAGAAAACCACAUGCCAUUUAUGAAAACCAGCCCCAACCUCCCCAGAAUAACCCAGUCUAAAGUUUUAACAAAAAGUCUCAGUAAAGACUCUUCAUUUUCAUCUACCAAAUCUUUGCCAGACCUGGUAGGUGGUAUUACUUUGGUUAAGCCUUGCACAUGCCAUGGAAGAGACAUGAGCCAACAUUCUGGGAGCGAGAGUGGCAUCGUCAGUGAAGGGGACACAGAGACUACUACCAACUCUGAAAUGUGCCUGCUAAAUGAUAUGGACGGACCCCCGAGUAACCCUGAAACCGAACACCCAGGUCCUCACAUGAGUGAUGUAGUUAACAUAUUAAAACAAAAAAUUAAAGACGAGGAGGAAGACAUUAAGCCUCCAAAUAGUUCUCCGUCACCCGCAUCACUAAUGUGUUGUGUAAAUGGAAAAGAUGGAGAUUUAAACAGUGUUACCAAGCAUACCCCUGAUUGUUUGGAAGAAGAAUUACAAGGAAAACAUGAUGUGUUUACAUUUUAUGAUUACUCAUACCUCCAAGGCUCAAAACUCAAAUUACCAAUGGUAAUGAAACAAUCACAGAGUGAAAAAGCACAUGUGGAGGACCCAUUGCUUCAUGGUUUUUAUUUUGAUAAAAAACCCUGCAAAUCUAAACAUCAGGCUUCAGAGUUAUAUCCAGAUGCAGCUCCCCACGAAUGUAUUUUGGCAAGUGUGCCCCAUGAAAUGGAUCCCAAUUCCAGUAAAAGUGGCAAUGGAGAGAAGACACUGCCUGGCAUGCAAAAUGCCAAGCAACUCCCUCUCCUCUCACAAAGCUCUUCCUUGGAGUCCCUUUCACCCGGAAGUGAUUUAUUUGGAUCAGGCGUCUUGAAAAACGGUGAUGGCCUUCAACGGAGCACAUCAUUGGAAAGCUGGUUAACAUCAUAUAAAAGCAACGAAGAUCUUUUUAGCCGCCACAGCUCAGAGGACAUCAGUGUAAGCAGUGGCUCAGUUGGUCAACUAAGCAAAAGAACUUUAGAUCUCCUGAAUCGAUUGGAAAAUAUCCAGAGCCCCUCAGAACAAAAGAUAAAGCGUAGUGUUUCUGACAUCACACUCCAAAGCAGUUCCCAAAAAAUGUCCUUCACUGGCCAACUGGACAUAGCAUCCUCUAUCAAUGAAGACUCAGCCGCCUCUCUCACUGAACUUAGUAGCAGUGAUGAGCUCUCUCUUUGCUCAGAGGAUAUCGUAUUACCCAGGAACAAAAUCCCAGAGGAUUCAAAUGCAUCCUUCAGGAAACGUCUUACUCACUCAGUGGCAGAUGAGAGUGAUGUCAAUGUCAGCAUGAUCGUUAAUGUCUCCUGCACCUCUGCUUGCACAGACGAUGAAGAUGACAGUGAUCUACUCUCCAGCUCUACUCUAACCUUGACUGAAGAAGAGUUAUGUGUCAAAGAUGAAGAUGACUCCAGUAUUGCAACAGAUGAGGAGAUUUAUGAAGAAUGCAAUCUAAUCUCAGGGCUGGAUUACAUCAAGAAUGAACUGCAGACCUGGAUUAGACCGAAGUUUUCACUGUCAAGAGAAAAGAGGAGAUGUAAUCUCAGUGAUGAAAUUCAGUGCAGCAAAGAUAGAGGUAGCAGUGAGACAUCUAAUGCCACAGAUGCACUGAAUAUUGAAGCCCUUUUGAAUGGCUCCACAAAGCGGAUGCCUGAAAAUAAUGGAAACAGUAAAAACUCAUCUAAAGUGCAUGAAUUUGGGACAAAGAGAGAAAAUAAGAAAAAUAUUUCCAAAGUCAAUAAAGAUCCAUUUAUGGAUGACAUGGAGAAUGGCAAUGUCGAAAGUGUUCCAGAAAAACCAAAGGAAACACCAAAUGGAAUUUCAAAUAUGUCAGAGGGUCUUGUUCCAAUUGAGAAUGAGGCUUCCGAGCGUGAGAGUUGCAUGUGUGAAGCAUUUACAGAUAGCUCUGAUGAUUCAAAUAUGGAUGGGAAGGAAUUUGUUCCUCUACCUUCCAGGAACCCUCCAAAGGAAUGUCAAAACCACUUGCUCUCUGAAAUUCAAAGUGCAGUUUCUAUUCCUACUGACAAGUCUUGUCCAGAACAUGCCACCAAAACCAGGGAGAUCAAGGAAUCAGAACCCUCGGUACUGAAACCUUCAUCUGACAAUGCACCCACAACAGCUGAAAAGCCUACCGAUCACUCCCCGACACUGGAGCCCAGUGAAACAGAAGAAAAUGUCGCAAUAGAUGACAGAAUUUCCUGUUGCAACUGUGAGUUAGAUGCUUUACAUCAGCAAGAUACAGAAGAUUGCUCAGUUCACAACUUUGUUAAGGAGAUCAUUGACAUGGCUUCAACUGCCCUGAAGAAUAAAUCCCAACCUGAGAGUGAGGCAGCCACUCCCACAUCACUAGCUCAGAUCAAGGAAAAAGUAUUAGAGCAUUCUCACAGGCCUAUCCAGCUCAGAAAAGGUGACUUUUAUUCCUACCUAUCCCUCUCAUCUCAUGACAGCGACUGUGGGGAGGUCACCAGCUACACAGAAGAGAAAAGCCACACUCUAUUGCCGCCUGACUUCCCUGAAUCAGGCCUAGAUGAAAAAGAGGAUAUUGAAUGUUUCUUUGAGGCUUGUGUUGAUGAUGAGGAAGGUGAACAGCAAUGCUAUUUCUCCAGUGAGCCCCCAAAGGAAGCUGUGGGGAAAGAAAAAGAUCCAAUUUCCCUGGAAGGGACUAAAACCUCCUCUAACUACAGUGGGUUUUCUUUCUCGAGUGAGCAAACUGACACAGGCACCCUGAGUCCUACCCCCCAGGAAAGAUCUGACAUUGGAAAGGAAAUGUGUAAUGUGUUUGGUACUUCAAACAGCUGUGAGGCAAGCUCAGCCCUACCUGCUGCUCCAAGCAAGAGUGAUGAAGAGAGUAGUUCUGGGAAGCCAAGUGGUUCUGAGAUGCUGGAAGAUGGUUGUGCUGCUUUAGUGAAAACUGUAGUUCCAGGCCUCCCACUGAAGGCAGAACAGCUGAAAGACCAGGCUAUAUUGCAUCCUAACAGUAAAACGUUAACCUGUGAAGAAAACCUACUGAACCUUCACAACGACCGGCAUAUAAAUAUGCACAGGUAGAAUGUAAUCCUCCCCGGGCACAUAAAUCAUCUCAUUGAAAGAAGUCUGGUUGCAGUCCAGGUGCAGGCUCAUCCUCCUAACCCUGGGAUGGCCUUGGCUUCCAUUGUGUCACUGCCUUUGGUUACACUGACUCCUCCCAAGAUAAAUAUUCCUUCCAAAUGCAGUUCUUCCAUGUGGGCUUUGAUUUGGCUGCGUGGUGCGCUGGUCCUCUGGUCCUCUUUAGAUGAUGGUUUUUUCUUUUCUUUUCUUUUCUGAAGUAUAGCAAAGCCAUUUGUUUUCACAAGGAUUCUUGUCCCAAGCUACCUCUACUGAUCCUGUGUUCCUCAGUUGGACAUUUUUGUUGGCUCUUCUCCUGACUGUUCUUUAAAGUUCUACAAUUCACCAAAUUGCAAGUGUAUUCAAUUCACCUGUUUAGAAUGAUAUCUGCCAAUGCUUUCCUAUGUCAUGUUUCAUAUAUAACAAAUUUCUGGUAUAAUGCCUAUGCUUAUUAGGAUGGUUUGACCUAAGCAAAUAGUUGAUUUGAUUUUAGUAAAGGAAAGAAUCCUUACUCUUUUUUGAUUCUGACCAUGAUAAAUAAAGUAAUUUUUUAAAAGCACCAUUUUAUUUAUUUCACUUGAAAAAAAAAACCUAUGCAACACUUCAAGAAACAACUACACGGUGUUGUAUGUUAUAAACUGGUAACAUUCUACUAUUGAAUUAUGUACAACAUUUUGGUUUUUUAUGCUUCUUGAGGUGGUAAUAAGAAAAAAAGUUUUUUUAAAAAUGUGUGCCUUGCUGUAUUUCUUAUACCAUUUAUUAAAAACAAGCUGCUUUCACAGUAAAAUUAUGUUGGUUUGAAAGGAGGAAAUAGCAAGGUUAAGAUGUGUGAAUAAUUUCUGUAUAUAUGUAUAACCAAGUGCAAACAUUGAUGUAUAAUGACAGUAUAAGAUGCUUUCAUGUUUUGUGAUGUCUAGUGAUGUGGAAAAUAUAAGCCUUAAAUCCAUUAGAUUGCAUGGUAAUUAGAACUGGCAUAAUAAACAUAGUUUAUUGGGGGAAAAAAAGCUGAACCAGUGAUCUCUUCUACCUGUGCUCCUUUAAAAAGAAAUUUCUGCAUCCUGUUCUAGAAAUAAUAUACAAUUUUGAAAUUUCAGUACUUGGCAAGAGGCUUUGAGUUACUUUGCCUAAAUCAGGGACUGGGAAUGGAGCUUCCAAAGUCUCCAGGUCUUUCUCAUCAUAUACAUGUACAUAUGAAGACUCAGCAGCAUUCAACUAUAAACUCACUGCAUCCCCACCAUCACCAAUUAAUAAAUAUUUAUUCAAGA